GAGGCAAACAAAUGGUUGCCGUACCUUUUCCAGGAGCACAGCGGUUUACAGAGACUGAGAUUUUAUAUUUUGUUAGCCUCCGCACAUCUCUAUUCCACCACGGAGAGACACUAAGAAUGACAAUAAUGUCAGCCAGACUUGAUUUGUUUGUUCAGCCAGAUUUUUUUUGUCAGCAUAUUAUUGUUGCCACAUAUAAUGAUGGGUUCCACAAUCCACCUGCUCAAGAGGAAAAUGCUGGCCACUGAGGCAGUCUGUGUGACUUUAGAUAUUUCUAAAAAACAAAUACAUGCACACUGAGUGCCAGAAGCCAAUGAGCAGGAGCCUAAAACUAUUCUGUGAUAGUUUUGGAUUUCCCUCUCUCCAUAAGCCUCUCAUUGUGUUAGAAGACCUGCUUUGUACAAGUGCUUGCCAGCUGCUUACCAAAUGAGGUUAUAGUGUUUCCCUAUCAACUGUAAAUUUCAAUAAUUUGUUGGAGGGGCCUCUCACUGUCAGUUUUUAUCAUAUUAUCAAUGACGACUCAAUUUUCCUCUGCCACUCCAUCUCAAGCACUGACCCCCGGCCCUAUUACAGUCCUGUAAUGAAGUGCAAUGGAGUGGUAAUUGGUCCACAUUAUACCAGAUCAGGUAACAUUAGUCUUAUUUUCUUAUCACAAUGAGCCCUGCUGGUGACUCUCAAUGAGAAACCAAACACAGUUCCUUUCUUAUGCAGGCUAUCAUCCAAAUAACAUUUCAACGAGAGACCCCUUUUCCCCAUUUCAGUUUUCCAUUUCAAGAUUGCACUCCAUGUCCUCGGACCGUGCUUUGUUUCCCGUUUCCUCCGCUUUAAAAGUCUUCCAAACAACCUCAUAGGCAGUGCAGAUACGGGGUAGGGCUUUCCCGGCAUGGGGAAGUACAGUAAAUGAGACGGUAACAUGAGCAUUAUGUCUGCAAUAUUAGAUGUAUAGUGCCCUGCUAGCCCUCUGUUACAGCCUGCUGCCGUAGACUGCUUGCUGCUUUGUAACUUCAGUUUUGAUAUUUUUCUUGUUACUCUGUCACUGCAGAAUUACACGCUUCGCUACGAAACCGAAAAAAUUUCAUGAGCUUAUGAAACUGUUUCAAAAAUGCAUUUCUUCCAUUCCUCAAAAAUUAUCUUCGUGGAAAUACAAAGUGUUGGCCCAGGAGGCACAUUGUGUGGAUGUUCCUGAAAUCAAAUGCAGUUGAGGAAAAUUGGCACAAAUCAAUUUUCUCAUUCCCAUUACAUUAUGUGUCUGUCUGCUACAAAAGAGAUUUCAUGACUCUGAGUAACAAUGAGUUAACAAGAAGUUGCAAAAUCAUUUCAUGUUUUAGUGUUCAAAUAUUAUGCGGAAAAAUUAAAAAUUUCCAGUUAAAUCAGCCAAACAUGUUUGAGCAGCCUCAUAUCAAAUGGUUCAACAUACACCUGAGCAUGACACAGGUAGAGCUAAACUUAAAAUAAUGGUUGGUGAUAAACUGUUAGACCUCCUGUAUGUUAAUCCAGUGCCAGCAUAACAGAAUAUCACAAAGCUGUCAAAGCUGAACUUUUGUGCUCUGAGAGGCAGGAAGUCAGGUCUCUGUUGUGAACUAACGCACGCUCCCUGGCAGAGUCGCUCUGUGUGCUGAAAACACACUGCAGACUAAAAGGACAGGAUAUUGGAUAACAAGGUUAAAAUAUAGGAGCAAAAAUAUUCUCUUAUUAAACUCAGGCUGCAGGGAUUUGAUUUGAGCCACCUAAUAGAUAGUGGUUUCAAGGGAGCCCAAACAAAAGGUAACGGGCCGGUCAUGCUUGUGGUAGCUAAUGGCAGAGUUAGAAGAAAUUAGGGGAUUCUUUUUCUACAGGAAAUUGUACUUAAAGACGGGUCAUGGAUCACCCUGCUCUUCACAGGCAGCCUCAGAAGUCAGAGAGUGAACUUUUGCCGCGGCCAUUAAAAGGUCUGCGUUGCAGAGAGAGGUCAAAGCGGGAACAAAACUAGUUGUAUGAUUUUAGGAAGGCAAAGCUGAAGGCAAAUUGAAUUUGUGGCUGAAAUUCAUGGUCAAACAAGUGAAUAAACACGUCUUGUGAUUUUGUAACUAUUAUUGAAGACACUGAAGAUUGGGGAAAGGGGGAAAUAUAUAGGCCAGAAUAAACAAAACUCCAAGAAAUAGUUUGAAACCAUGAGCCAUCAAGAACAGCUCCUUUGCUUUGAUUGGACAAGUGUCUGGAGGUUUGUUGAAGUCAUACUAGAGAUGUGAUGGUGUGAUGUUUUGUUGAGCUGUUUCAGGUGCUAACACAGAAUCCCAGAUUCAGGUUCAUCAAUUUUCAUGCAAUCAUCAUGAUCACUGGUGACUGCUUUGUGAUUAUUGGCAUUUGCCUUGCCUUCCAAAUGGUUCAGUGGUUCUAAGCCGUGCCAGGAAAGUGUACCCAAGUGUAGGCUUUAACACUUUUUGUGUGCAGCAUAAGUACGUGUGAAAAAGGGCUUUAAGCUCUGCAACCUCUCCGAGGUUUGUUGUUGCAGCUCAAACGACCUGCUCACGUUUUAGAUUGAGCCUCCAUUCAGUUGAGUUUCACUUAAACUUUAUUUAAACUUGGAAAUAUAUCGAAGAGGCCUCAAUUAUUUUGAGUGUUAGAGUUGCUAAUCUGUGUCUGCUUCUUAAGUCAAAAACAUUUUUGAGCGAGUACAAGGUGCAAGUUAAAUGUAUUGCAUUUUUUUUUAAAACACAAAGAUUUGAAAAAUGAAACAUUUUAAAUCCUUUGUGCUAAUUCUAUUUAUAUAUGAGUGAUCCGUGAAUUUAAAUUUUGGUCAAAUUGACUUGGGUGAAAAUGUCAUGCAUUGCAAAGUAAAUGGAAAUUAGUGUACAUGGAAAGAAAAUAAAAUCAAAUGGCAGACAGAACAAAUAGUAAAUAUAGAGUAAAUGCAGGCAGUGUGUGUACAUUCCCCUUACCAGAGCCGAGAAAGAAAUCCAACCAAAACUCCAAGUUUAGCUUUAAAACACCUGGUGAUACAUGAGUAAAAGUUGUUGUUUUUUUAUUUUAUAGUUCCCUGAUCAGUGUCUUAAAAAAUCUCCCUAAAAGUUGAGUAAAGUCAAGGCUUUUCCUUUAGAAAAAAAGAUGGCUGUAUCCACAUUCCUACAGAAGGUAUGUCCAUGUUCUUCAGUCAUCCUCCCGGCUUACAGAAGUCUAACUAGUUUUCCUCUGUGGAUGAGGCAUUCUGGCCUUGUCUUUGUUUAGUCUUCCACACUAACUUUAACUGAGUCUGAGGAGAAAGAGUUGGCAUUUACAGUUGUUUUUUCUGAUAGAGUUCUUGCCAAGUAAAGAUUGUCAAACCAACUCCCCACAGUUAGAGAUAUGAAACAAAAUACUGCAUAUAAAUAAUGCAUUAAACCCCAUGUAUGAUGGAAUAUUACUGUGUCAGUAUCUUACCACACCUGUGUCGAGAUGCCUGUUUCUGCAUGUCCUUUAUCAGCUGCGUUCUUCUGUUGUCUGCAUAGCGGCUGGUGAAUGGGAUGGUUUGUUGGCUGAUGUAAGUGAUUGUCUGCUGCCCUCUAGUGGUUAGUAGAGCAUGGUGCCAUAUGUUGCAAUCUGUUGGGUCUUUUUUUGGGUGGGGUGGGGGACUGGAACUUCCCACACUGAGUAAUCAUGACACUAUCCAGAUGAUUCAUUCAGUUCAUCAAGUCAUUCAUUCUGUUGUCUUGUCUGCCUGUUUAACUUAUACAUUACAAUACUUGCCUGUGCUAAAUGACUGAAUGAUAUGAAGAAGAUAAUUUUUUUGUGAUUCUUUUGAAAGAUAUUAAGAUUGCAAUGUGAGUCAUGAUUUAACUGGGAAUGGUCAUUUAUCUUGUUUUUUUUUUGUUUUUUUUUUUAGUUGAAACAAUAUUUUGAUCACAGUAAUGUUGACAUGAUUACUGCUGAGGUCUGUACCAAACACACAUGUUCCCUUACAUCUGGAUCAUUAGCAGCAGUUAGCAGAUCCUCUAGUGAAUAUGUAUCCUGCCCCUUGUUUGUUUUGAAUAUGAAAUCCAGCAGUUGGCCAUUUGUAACACAUUGCACAUUUAAGCUUUAUAAUGACCCAGAACAAGUUAUCAGCAUACUGAAAGCCAGUUUGAUUGGCUUUAGAACUAAUUUUAGCUUUAAAAUGUAAGAGAUGGAGUUCUUCCUGAAAUCAGAUUGAGUUUGUUAGAGGUGCUCUUUGGAUAAGAAUACAUUUGGAUGGAAAAAACUAAAACUAUUAAAAAAUACCUUUAUUGUCAUAACAAUAAAGUUUCAACACCAAGUCAUUAUCAGGGAGUCAAACCAAUCAGAUUUUAAGGUCUAAACAAGACCACGCAAUGACAAUAAAGGCAUUUUAAGAGAAUAUGAUAGCGAGAGUGCCCUUCUAGUUUUCUUGUCUUAUCUUUCAUUUUAGCUUUAACUUUUAUAUCAGCAGCUCUGAGGAGUUUAAGGUGUACUGCAGUAUGUGUUGUUGCUGUUUCGAGAUGAGCAAGUUUAUUUAUUUAAGCUAUAGUCUCCCAGUAUCACUCUGACUAUGUAGCACAAAACACCUUGUUAAGGAAGUGAAAAAACGGAAGAAGAACAUUGACCACACGACAGGUGAAUCAAUGUAUUCGUGGGUGAGUGCGUGUGUGUGGGCGUGUGUAUUUUUGAGAACAGAGAUCUGAAGCAAAACCGUUUCCUUCGAAAAAGACAAAAAGUUUUAAGAUUAUCUUCUUUCUCGGUCUGUGUUUUCAUGCAAUAAAAUUAAUUCACUGUUAGCUGCCCCUUCUUUUUUAUUUCUUUCACAUGACUAAAGAAAAACAGGCAAGUGUAGUCACAGACAUGUUGCAGGUCGUGACACCACUCUGGUGCUUUUUCUCACUUCUUCAACUGUUUCAGGAAGUGGAGCAGUGUCACCAAAAUCAGGAAACUAAGGGUUGCUAUUAAUACAACCGAGCAAACAGCUACAGUAUAGCUGGUGAAAGCUACAGUCACCUCAGUUGAAGAGAAGAGGACCUUAAGCAUACUUGAGAAACCAAAAGGACAUAUUUGAAAUGCUCCUGGUGGGCUGAUUUUGUGCACAUUUGAGGCUUCACAACCAUGGAAGAACCCGUCUCAUCUGUUGAAUCAGCAAAUUCUGAAUCCCUCUCAGAACAUGAGCUGUUAAUUCUGCACACAGCUGACGCACAGGAAUGGGCAGUGUAUUUGCAGCAGAUUUUGAGAUCCUCAAAAAAAUUCUGCGAACGGUCUAUUUUGCUGUAUGCGGUCGGCCCAGAGGAUCAACUCCACGGAUAUAACUUUGAGUAUUUCCAAUGCUGCAAAUGCAUUGUGCUGCUCCUCACGGGAGCAUUGCUGGACAUGCUGUGUGACCCUGAACUGCAGGGAGCACUUCAGAGACUCCUUUAUCCUCCACACAGAGUUGUGACGCUGCUGUGCGGCGUGUCAGAGGACGACAUGUUCAUGGAGUUGUUUGAAGAUUGGCCAAGCUGGAGAAAACUCUCUGCUGAGGAUGACCCUUCAGUCUAUGUUUCAACCAUUUUGGAUUCCAUCACUGACAGCAGGCAAGUAGAGGUUGAACAUGAGAGCGGAGCUGCAGAAGCGGCAGAGUUGCAUAAUACAGCAGCCUUUUCAACUGAAAAUCCCACAACUGAUGAAAGAGAGGAAGUGGUGUCAGGAGAGCAAAAUGAAACUGACCUGAAGGAUGAGGAGCCAGUGAGUACAGGGAAUUCAACAAGAGAGGAAAUUAGUACUCCCACGCACCUUACCUGUCUCACCGUUCAACCAAGCAGAGUUCUGUGUGGGGAGUCGGAGACACUUUUUAUCAUUCUCACUCAUAAAGUAGAUGAUCAGUCGGUACCAGAGGUGGAGUUUUCAUCUGAAAAUGUAGCUGCAAAAAGGGUCCCGGGCACUCUGGAGAAUGAAUACACCAUAAGAGUUACUGCACCUGAUAUGCCUGCUGGACUGGUAUCACUCACCAUGUACACUGAACAAUCCUGUGUCAGCUUGAGGCCUGUUACAUAUUAUACCAACAUGGGGGAAGUUAGUCGUUUUCUUGAAAAUGCAACUGAUCCUGUUAACUUCAUCUGCCAGGCCUUCCACUUGACAUCUAAUACAACGGAAUCAUUGGACAUCAUGUUAACUGACUCCCUAAAAUCCAGGAUGCCUGCAACUAGUCUUCAGCUGUUUGGAGUAAGACAGAUUGAAGAAGACAAUAUGGCGGCAUAUCAGCGUACUGAGGAGCUUCCCACGCUACUCCACUUUGCUGCUAAGUAUGGAUUGAAGAAGCUGACAACCAUUCUCCUUCAGUGUCCCGGGGCACUGCAAGCUUACAGCGUGAUGAACAAGAACGGAGACUACCCAAACACCUUAGCAGAGAAGAGUGGCUUCUCUGAUCUCAGGCAGUUUAUGGAUGAAUUUGUUGAGACAGCAGACAUGCUCAAGUGUCACAUUGAAGACACCAUCAACACAGAGGACACUGCUGAGGUGUAUGAGUUGAUGUCAACUACCUCUCAAGAUAUCAUGAUGAAGUACUCAGGUUGCUCAGAGGACAUAUAUGAGUCAAUGCUGGGGAUUGACCCUGAUUGUGCAGAGGACCUAUAUGAGGUGAUGAGUGCGGUAGAUGAGAACCCAGAGGAAGCCAUGCUCAGGAAGUUCUUCCAAGCAAAACCACAUGCCAGCUCAAACCAGGACAACAACGAGUACCUUAAAAAUGAGGAAGCAGAAAAAUCAUAUGAUCAUAAUGACUUGGAUCAGAUUGAAGAAGAGGAGGAUCCAUAUAACCUCUGCCCAGAGGAUAUAUAUGAUACUGUUGAUGCAAACAGCACCUAUAACCCAGUAAUCAUGAACCGUCCUCCAGCCCCCAUCCCCAGACCAGAGGCCGAGGCUGAGCCUGAGAAGCCUAUGACCUACAUCUCUAGAGUAUUUUCAGAUAAAGGUACGUCCAGUGGGAGUACAACGACAUCCACAGCAUACCCUGCAGCUCGGCCUGUGGGAGAUCCCCCGUCUUCUGUUUAUGACCCCUAUGCUGGAAUGAAGACUCCUGGACAGAGGCAGCUAGUAUCGCUGCAGGAGAGGGUUAAAGUUGGGGAAAUUACAGUGGAUGAGGCCGUCCAAGAGUUCAAGGCGUGGCAGUUUGACCAUGAGCGGAGGGCCAAUUCCAUACGCUAUCAGCAGGAAAAUCUGAAGCGAUUACGAGACAGCAUCACCAGACGUCACAAAGAGAGAGAGAAGACAGGGAAAGAGCUUGAUUAUGAGAUAAGUGCUCCGAUGCAGAGGAACUUAUACUGGGGAUCCACCGUGACAUUAGAGUGUUCUGUGUAUGAGUCCACACCGAGAGCAGUGGCUCCACCUCCGCCUCCACCGACACAGGCUAUUCAGAGAGGUACCUGGAAGACAGGUAGCACGUCCAGCACAUCCAGUACUGAGAGCAACAGACUCAGCACUCAUAGCACCUUUAGCUACAGCAGCGGGACAGAGCCUGAUAUUGAGGACUCUAUAGAACUCCCACCUCCACCACGGCCUCCACGGCCAUCUGACGCUGCAGCCUUCAUUCCUCCCAGGAUUCCUCCACGAGUCCCAGAGAGGGUGCCAGAGAAGAUGCUGAAUGAGCGCUACAUAUCCUGCCCGACGCGAGCACUUCCUCAGCGACCCACUCAAAGGCAAAGAGACUUCGCACCUCCCGUACCUCGCCGCCUGCGGUGAUCGACACAGGUCUACUGUUGCUUGGUUUAUUCUCUCAAGUGAUGUAGGAUGGAGGAGUUUUUCUGCAAACAACCAUCAAGAUUUAACAAGAUGAAUUGACAGAUUUUUUUUUAUUUUAAUUGUUUGUUUCUGUAAGUUAUAUGUAACAGUUUUCCUAACAGAGUAAUAUUUAAUUGUAUUUCUUUGUGUCUGUGUUAGUGACUGAGUCUGGGAUAUUUAGUGUGUAUGCUGUUUUAUGUUUCUACUGUAAAACCUCACGUGACAUUUCACCUCUAAAAACAUUUUCCUGAGAUAACUGUAUAGUAUCCUUCACAAAACAUAUAAUAGAUUUAAAGUAUUGUUGUUCUUUUUGUCAUGUGUUUCUGCAAAUGUGUUGAAUUACGGAAAAAGGGAAAUCUUUGAAAUCUUGCUUAUAAUAUUUAAACAUGCUUGUUGAUGGUUCUCUGACUGAGCCGGUGACGUCAAGGCUGUUCAGUUCACGAGAUACAUGUACUCUGUAUAUUAUUUUUAAGUAUGCUUGUGCUUAAUUGUGAGUUGUUGAGACAUUAUGUUCUACUUAUUUUACCUCAGUGAUGUCAGCAUUAUAAUGUUGAAGGGCUUCAAGUUUGGCUGUGAUAUUCUCUUAGUAUCUGUCUUAAACUUGAAAAAUGUAUGCAUGGAUGAUAAAUUGAACCUUUCUAAUGUGCCUUUUAGGGCGUCAAGCUUGUAACUUCUGAAUUUUAUGAUGAAAUAUAAAAAUAUGUUCCUUUAUGCAUUUGAAUUUGUCUGUAUAAUUGAUGUUUUUCUUCUGUAAUAUGAGCUUUGGUCACUUG